AUGUUCCUGAACUUUGGGGCUGUGAGCAAGACUAGCACAAACCGCGGGGAUUGGCUUACCGAGAACGUGGAACUCACUGCUAAAGGAGGCAGAGAUGAUCGCAACUAUCUAUGGGUUAGUGAGUGCUCCCUGGUGAUUUCAUUCGUUUUGUUUUGUGGGACAUGUAAAGAUACUUUACUCUUCCUAUUUUUUAGGGCAGACCUUAAACAACAUUUACACACUAAAAAUACAAUGCACUUAAAUAAAAAUGUAUCUGAUGUUUUCAUACCUUUCAUAAGUAGUGUUCCGUUGAGAUAAAUACACAUCCCAGGCUAUCUAUUGCGUAGAUCCAUAAAUACACAUCCCAGGCUAUCUAUUGUGUAGAUCCAGCUACAUGUCACAAUCCCAAAUUAAUGGAAAAGAUGAGCACUAUGUAAUUUCCAGAUUUGCAGUGCGUAUCUUUUCCCAUUCAUUUGGGGUUAAGGAAUAGUUGGAUCUGCACAACCGAUGGUGAAGCAUGUGGACUCAUUGACAUUAGGCUUCUUUUGAGUUCUGAAAACAUCUGACAAAGUCUGAUUUUGGAGUGUAAUGCUCUUCCCUUUCAAUUUUAUACAAAUGCUACGUUUAGAUGCAAGAGCUCGAAAAACUAAUGAUUUCAGUCUGGCCUACCAAUCUGUCUUCACAGGUGUCGCUGAAAAUGCGGUCCGAAACCCCGUUUCUGUCCCUGGUCCUGCCCAGUAUACUGAUCAUUGUGGCUGAUGUGGUGAGCUUUGCCCUGCCGCUGGGAGGGGGCGAGCGUAUCUCCUUCAAGGUUACACUGGUUCUCAGCUUCAUCAUGUUCCUCAUCAUCCUCAAGGAUCUUCUGCCUGGAGGAGGCCAGUGCAGCCCCAUCAUCCGUGAGUGUUCUGCGUGGAACAGCAUUUUGUUAUAAAGGGUGUGUAUGUAACAGAGUUAAGAACGUGCCAUAGGCUUUUUUCACAGCUAGCUUGAAAUGUUGCCAAGGGAGCUAUCAAAUUUCUAUAGCUCAAUUGGUUGGUACGUUGUCAAGGAGGACGGUCACGUGUGUUUGCGAGCAGUGAUCCUGAACAGCAACAGUGAUCCUAGUGAUCCUUUGUGAGCAGAGGAUCACUAUUUCUAGCCCGGUAUGUUACAGGGACAGUAAAGGAAGCUAUACUGUUAGCAACACACUGACAUCGGUUUCAUGUAUACAGCACCUCUCUGCCACCAUAUAACAAUCACACAUCUCUCUCUCUUGUUGUUCUCCAUAGGAAAGCAAUUCUGUUUCUGUUUGGUCAUCCUGGUGUUGAGCAUGUUGCAGUCUAUGGUGCUCACACGUCUGGCUAAGUGUGGCACUCUCCGGCCCUGCAGCCUCUCCAAGUCCAAAGACUCACUCCUUAAAGACACAGACAAUGAAGAGGGUAAACUUUUAAAUUCUUCUGUCAUCUCAGUUACCCACAGAGCAAGAUAUAUUUUUCUGGUUGCCAAAGAAGACGUUAACAAAACGUCCUUAUACAACCAUUUAUAACCAGACUAUGACGUCAUAAUGACCUUAUUGCAACCAGUUUUACUGGGUACCCCAUUUAAAAAAAUCUAAAUCACCAUAAACUAGUCAAGUUGUAUUUUAUUGAUGCACAACCUUUUCAUUAUUACCCUUUAGCUGCAGUUAAAGCUUGCAGUUGACAUCUUUCCCAGUAUAUUUUCUUGUUACCAUCAUGUCUCGUGUGUACGCUGGUCUGGCCAGCUUCUCCAUUUGAUGUUUAAUCUGUCACUGAAAACUAUGUCCUGAAUGGUUUUUACAAAAAUGUCAAUAAUUUUUACCUCUUUGUUUAAUUAUGUUAUUUUAAUUAUGUUGUCAAUUUUUUUCUCUGAUUUACUUUGUCUAGAAUCCAGGCCUGAUAUUACUGUCAUCAAACUGAAAGCCUCAGAGGAAGAGAAGAAUUCACCCCUCCAGAAGGUGGUGAAGUUUCUCAACAAAAUGGCUGCACAAGACCAGAAAAGAGUUAGACACCAUCGCUUUGCCAACAAAGUAGACUUGAUCUGUUUCUGUAUCUAUCUCACCAUCCUCAUUGUUUAUACAGUCGCCAUUUUAUAUUUCUCCUUUGGUUCUCGGUGUGAGAUCAACCAAUUAGAAUUCUGGCCAUAA